AUGGGGAAGAAGGUGAAGACGGGCAAGGGCCGGCUGGACAAAUACUACCACCUUGCGAAGGAACAAGGAUAUCGCGCGCGUUCUGCAUUCAAGCUCAUCCAAUUGACGCAAAAGAAUGAUAUUUUUUCGGGGUGUCGUUCGUUGCUCGAUCUCUGUGCCGCCCCGGGAGGAUGGCUGCAAGUCGCUCAGAAAAACAUGCCGCUCGCGUCCACAAUUGUGGGGGUGGAUCUCGCGCCAAUUAAACCCAUUCGAAACGUAACAACACUUCAGGCUGACAUCACAACGCAACGAUGUCGAAAUCUCUUGAAGCAACAGAUUCCUGUUGGAACUUGCGAUGUUGUGCUACACGAUGGAGCUCCAAAUGUUGGUGCUUCAUGGGUGCAUGAUGCAUAUGGUCAGAAUGAAUUGGUGCUUCAUGCAACAAAAUUGGCUUGCGAGUUCUUAAGGACGGGAGGCACUUACAUCACGAAGGUGUUCAGAUCUCAAGAUUACGCUUCACUCCUUUGGGUUUUUCAACAGCUUUUCGAUCGUUGCACGGCAACAAAACCUCCAUCUUCGCGUAACGUUUCUGCUGAAAUUUUUGUAAUUUGCCAAGGAUUUAAGAACCCCCAGAAAAUUGACCCAAAGUUCUUUGACGCCAAGUUUGUUUUUAUCAACACCCAGCAGCAAGCCCAAGAAGAGACGCCGGCAGAAGGAGGGGGCGAGAACAAGCGUGGUCUAUCCGAACUUGUGAAAGCAAUGAUGAAGAAGAAUCGUGGUGGCUACAGCGCUGGAGAUGAAUAUCGUGUUUCUAGCGCUUCCAAAUUUUUCCAACAAAAGAAUCAAACUCCAGCCGAAUUCCUCACAUCGCAUCAUAAGAUAACUUUUCCAGCCGAUGAUUUACUGGCACAACGCAUCCGUAGCGAUGCGUCUACAAACGCGGAUAUUCUACAAUACUGCGAAGAUCUCAAGGUUCUGGGUAAACGCGAGUAUUCAAUUUUGAUCAAGUGGAGGUUCAAAUUGUUGAAGAAAUGGGCGGAUGAGACCGCGGACACCAAAGACGAUCAAAAGGAAAAGAAUGAGGAAGUUGAUAGUGAAACGGAACGUGUUGCAUGGGAGCGGGAGUUGGUUGAAUUGAGUGAAAAGAUGAAGAAAAACGAAUUAAAUGAAAAACGAAAGUUGCGCGAAAAGCUAAAAAAACUAAAACUUCAACGUCAAUUGGGAGGUUUUGAUGCCGAAGAAUACGAUCCUGAAUUAUUUAAUCUGAAAGGCAAAGACGCUCUAGAGGAGGAAGAUGAGGUGAGUCCAACCAACACUGUGGGGAUGAGAGUUACAUUGCUAUUGCAGAUGUUGGAGAAAUCAGGAUUGUUGGAGCGCAUUGCAGAAAUGAGUGAAGGGGGCGACGUCGAAUCAGAAGCAGAAAACGAGUUCAGCGAUUCAGAUCAAAGUGAAGAAGAUGAAGAAGAAAAGUUGGAUGCAACUUCACGCUUGGCUAUUGAUUUAGAUAUUGCAGCCGAAUUAGAAAAAAAGAGGAAGGGCGACUCUGCACAGAAAAGAGAAUUAAAACGAAAGAAAGAAACAAGAAGACAGCAAGUGUUUUCUGAAUGGAGCAAGGAAAUUGAUACGUUUGCCGGAAAGCUUGCAGAGGAAAAUUUAGAUUUGAAAGCACAGAAGGUUUUGGAAGAGCAAGAUUCUUCCGAUGCUGAGAGUAUCCAAGACGCGGUGGAAUAUAAACUGAUGGAUGACGAAGAUAUAGUAGAUGAUGACGAAAAAGAUAUAGGAAGUGAUGUAUUGAAAGCAGCUGCAUCAAACAAGAAAGGGUCAUCAACGAAAUCGAUAGCUGAUGUGAAGGCACAAGAGGUGUUGAACAAGUAUCGAACAGCCCGGUGGUUUGAUCAAGAGAUGUUCAAAGAUGUUGGAGUGACUUUGGAAGAUUUAGAAAGGGAGGAUCGAUUGUGUCAUCAAGGAAAUAAAACUCUUGUUUCUGAUGAUGAAGACAUGAAAGAAGAUAAACAACAUGCUGAUGGAAGUGUCAUCAAUGAAAUUAGUGACAGUGAAUUGCCUCAGAUUCCACUGACAGAAAAGCAAAAAAGAAGAGAAAAGCGGAAACGGGAGCAAGAGAAGAAAGAUGCGCGUGAUGCUCGUAAGAAAGCAAAACGAUCAAAAGUUGGUCCACUCGGAGUCCCAGUUGAUAAUGAGGAUGGGAAAGAUCUUGGAUUUGAGGAAGUUCCGAUAAACUAUUCCGUCGUGACGCCAACAUUUGGAGAUCCGAGUGAUGAUGACGAAGAACAAGUUGAUAAACCGAAAACCGCCGAUGAAUUGGCUGAAGUUCAAGCUAUUGGUAGUUUGUUAGUGAAACGGAAGACUCGAAUGGAUUUGAUUGAUGGCGCUUAUAAUCGAUAUGCAUUUAAUGACGAUGAAGGAAUUCCUGAAUGGUUUGUUGAGGAUGAAGAACAAUUCAACAAACCCGAAUUACCAGUAACGAAAGAAUUGGUGAAACAGUACAGAGCAAAAAUGAAAGAAAUAUCGGAGCGACCAAUCAGAAAAGUGUUGGAGGCUGCAGGAAGGAAAAGAAUGCGAUUAAAGAAAAGAUUAGAAAAAGUCAAGAAGCAGGCAGAGAGCAUCGCGGAGUCUUCCGAACAUACUGAGCUCUCAAAAACAAAGUCCAUACGCAAGUUGAUCAAUAAAGCAAGACGCGAAGAUAAAAAGGAGAAAACUUACAUCGUUUCUAGGAAACAGGGAGGUGGGAAAGUCAGCGGGAAACAGAAAGGGGGACAAGUGAAGGUGGUGGAUCGGCGACUAAAAUCUGAUAAAAGAGGACUUAGAAAUGCAGAACGGCGAAAUAAAAAGAAGAGAUAG